CCCUGCCGCCGACUGCCGAUAACCGCAAACUCCUCCGCUCCAACCACACACGCACACAUGAGCUUGUUUUGUCGUCAUGAUAAAUGUCUUCAAACCUUGAAUUUUGUGACUCAGCGGUAGUUAAAUGUUUGUUGGGUUGUUAGCGGCACCUUUUGUGCGUUAUUGAACUAUCUCUUCCUGUGUCUAUUAAACCUACAUGAUGACUGUGGGAACUGAAGUUCGACCACGGUGCUUCUUUGAUGUGGAAAUUGGAGGGCUGCCGAUGGGGCGCAUAGUCUUUGAACUCUACACUGAUAUUUGCCCUAUCACAGCUGAAAACUUUAGAGCACUAUGCACUGGGGAGAAAGGUUUAGGGAAGACGUCUGGGAAACCUCUUCACUAUCAAGGCAUAGUAUUCCACAGAGUUGUUCGUGAUUUUAUGAUACAGUCUGGAGAUUUCACAGUUGGAAAUGGCUCUGGUGGUGAAAGUAUUUAUGGAGGAACCUUUGAAGAUGAAAACCUUGAAAUGAAACAUGACAAACCCUUUUUGUUGUCCAUGGCAAAUAGAGGCAAAGAUACCAAUGGAUCUCAGUUCUUUAUAACUACGCAACCUGCACCGCAUCUGGAUGGCGUUCACGUGGUAUUUGGUCAUGUGGUGGCUGGAAAAGAAGUAGUGUCGCAGAUUGAGGUGCUCCCAGUCGAUCGUAACUCACGCCCACUGCAGGAUGCCAAGGUCAGCAAAUGCGGAGAAUUAGUGCUUCUGUCAAAAUCUAAAGGUAAAAAAAAGAAAAAGAAAGCCAAGAAGGAAGAUUCAGAGAGUAGUUCAAGUUCUGAAUCAUCAGCUUCUGCAGAAGAAAGCGGAUCAGAAGAAGAAAGCAAGAAGAAAAAGAAAGCCAAAAAAGAAAAGGCUUCUGCUAAAGAGGAAGAUGAUCAGGAAGAGGAAGAAGGGGAAUAUCACCCACUUGUUUCUGUAACCAAAAUUGAUCCAUCUGAAAUUCCUGAAGUGCCAUCGAACAAAUUUCUUUACCGUGAUGACGGUAGAUCCAAAGACUUCAAAAAUGAUGGAAGGGAAAGAGAUCCCAAAAGGGCACGAGAGAGGGAGAGAGGGGGUCGACCAGACAGAGAUGAUCGUGGCAACAGAGAUUAUAGGGACAAUAGGUCAGAUAAAGGAAAAAUCAGGGGUAUGACUAAAAGUGGACGUGUCAUCAAAGGACGAGGUGUGUUUCGUUUCCGGACUCCAUCAAGAAGCCGCUCCCGCUCUCGCAGUGCUACACCCCCUCAUUGGAAACAAGCAGCUAAACGCACAAUUAAAUUGAGUGAAUUUGAACGCAUGGAAGCCGAACGCAAAACCAAAGAUGAAGAAAUUGCGCGGAGAGAGGAUGCUCGUAGGAAACGUCAUGAAGAAAGACAGCGGGAACAGAAAGAACACUUUCAAAAGCUGAAGCAGGAAGCUGAACAACAUUUUCAAAAGUCUAAAGAUCCUCAUGACACAUCUGGAAAACGAGAUGAACAUCAUCAAAACAAGAAAGCAAAUCCUGCAAAGAAUAAUGAAGAAUCUGCUAACACCAGUGGACCUCUUGAUCUAAAUGCACUGGAUUAUGAAUCCAUGGAUCUGGGAGAAGAUGAUGAAGUUCACAAGGCUGGUGCAAGUGAUGGUGAAUCUAGAGGACUUCAGCGUAAUGGUAAACCCGCUGAACGUAAGAGAGGAUCUGACAAAGAGAAAGCGCCUGAAAGGGCAAGAAACAAAGGAGGCUUGGAAGAAGAACGAGGUUCCCGUCCUUCUGAGAAGCGAGCUUCCAGCCAAACACAUAAAAAUUAUGUGAGUUCUAAAGACAAAAGCCGCCAGGAAAAAAGAGACAAGGAUAGGAGAAAUGCUGAAAAAUUGGCAGAAAGUGAUGAUGACCUAGAAAAGGAGAAAGAGCGUCUCAAAGAACUUGAGAAACUAAAACAAAGAAUGGAACAGGAGCUUGCCAAGGAAAUGAAAGAAAAGGAGAAAAUGAGAGAUGUUGACAAGAAAAGAGAGAGAGACGAUAGAGACAGAACUCGAGAGAAAGAACGUGAAAAAGAGAAAGAGAAGGAACAUCUAAGACGUAAGGAGGAGGAGCGCAAGAGGGAUGAAGGGAGGAAGCGCGAAGAAUUGCGCCGAAAAGAGGAAGAACGAAGGCGACGGGAUAAGGAGAGUAGAGAUCGUAGAGACAAAAGAAGAAGCAGUGAGGAUCGUAGUAAGAGGAGGAGGUCUCGCUCCAAGUCCCGCUCAGAAAGGAAGAGAGGCAGACGACAUUCCAGCACUUCAUCAUCCUCCUCCUCCAGCACUAGCAGUAGCAGCAGCAGCAGCAGUGAUGAUAAUCGUCGGAGGAGGCGUUGAAUAAUCAAGUAAUCAAUGAUGCACUUACACUAAAUUGUUUGUAGUAUUGAUCAAGGCAGUACCCGUUUUUUCUUUUUUUUUUUUAUCUCUGAUUAAGUUAAUUUGUGGUAUGUAGGUCAUUUUUCAUUGAUGCUUUGUUUUAUAAUGGCGACUCCAUUCUUUUCUCAGAUGGUAUUUCAGUAUCAGUGAUGUACAUUUCAGUUUUGAUGGAGAAUUUUUUCAAGUGCCUUGAUAUUACUUGAAACCUAUUUUGUUAAACAUGGCAUAAGUUUUGUCCCGCCAUUGUGUCAGGUCUUAAUUCAUUUACCAUAUUCAAUUUUUCUUCCCUUAAUAAACAUUGUAUCAUUUGUUUCCAAUGUAUUGUAGUGUGUUGUGUGAAAAUUGGUCUGAUCUUUUAUAGUUGAAUUUGACUAGACCAAAAUGUCAAGACAGCACUGAAUUAUUUUUUUAAUCUUAAGAUAAUGCACCAAAUAAAGUUUUGUUGCUCAAGUUAAAAAA